GUCUGUUUAAUUGGUGUUAUACUUUAUAAUAUUGAUCGUAGCAAAAAAAUAAAGGGGGAAUAUAUAUAAACUUAAUAGAAUUCAUUUAAUGUUAUCAAAGUAUUAGUGAAAUAAAAGUAAAAUUAAUCAAAAUGCCAUAUACACAAAUAACUGAUAAAACCCUACUUAUCUCCGGAGAUGUUGACAAGAAAUUACUUGUGACCUCGAUAGUAAAUGUUUUAGAUCCAAUAAGUUACGACCCUCUUAUAAUUCAAAUUAAAACAUGCAAUAAAAUCACAACUUUAAAUAUAUCUAGUCAAAAAAAUUCAGGUCCUGUUGAUAUAAUAAUUCUGUGCUACUCAAUCGAUAACUUUGAUUCAUUUAAACAAUUAUUCAACACACAUAAUGGAAUAAUUAAUCAUGAAUUCAAUAGCGCAUUUGUAAUCCCAACCAUUCUAGUUGGAGUCAAUAGUCAUUUAAGAAAACCAUCAAUUAAGGAUCGUUCAGGACUAGUGCCAUAUGAAUAUGGUAAAAUUAUUGCAACUGAAAUGAAUGCCCUUACUUAUAUGGAAGUAUCUUCAACAACUGGUGAAGGAAUUAGUGAAUUGCUUUCUUGCGUUUCUUAUGCCUGUCUAAUGCCAAUAAAAGCUAGAAAUAGUACCGAUGAAUUUCUUUAUACUAUCAAUAAUGAAAAUAGCAUAAAGGAGAGAAUCGCUAUUUUUUUUAAUAAUUUUAGAAAGAAAUGUGAUAACAAUAAAUGUGGCUGUAGGUGGAAAACAAAAAAAAUAAAGACAAAGGCAAAAAUUUCUGGUAAUUCUUUUCAAUUUUUUGAAAAGUAUUUCGAUUUCAAGUAGAUCUUUUAAUAAUACUCCAAAAAUA